AGGAAAAUGAGAAGUGCUCGCUGCUUGUGGGCGACAGUUUGAGCUGCUUCGCCGAACACGCCAGGUGUGCACAACGUUCUGUGGAUAUGGCCGGCACGACGACUGAGAGCGGACAUGAGCUGGUUGAGGUCCCGAAGCCAGAGCUGGAGGGACUGGAGCGGCACUUCACCCCCUGGGCGGACGGGCUGCUGCGCCUCCGCCCCGGCCACUGGCUGUUCCCGGGCGCCUUCGCGGAGACUGCCGACAAGAUCUACAACUUCAGGUGGAAGGAGGAGGACGUGGUGGUGGCGGGCUUCCUGAAGACGGGCACCACGUGGCUCCAAGAGAUCUUGUGGACGAUGAGGAACAACCCGAACCUCGACCACCCGCUGGCCAACACGCCCAUUCUUGACCGUGUCCCGAUUAUUGACACAGAUAUGUACAUUAACCCGAAGGCUUUUCGCUCUGUGACAUCGAACCACCCACUGAAGCCGAUGCUGGACGACUUCAAGAGGAAGUGUCCGGACGGGGAGGCCACGCGUGGAAUCUACAUUCAGAUGGCCGGAGUGUUGCCGGAGCCCAGAGCCCUCAAAACCCAUUAUCCGUUCUCUGUCCUUCACCCGGACUUGCUUGAGCACACUAAAUGUGUAUACAUCGCGAGGAACCCCAGAGAUGUGGUCGUGUCACUGCACCACAUGAGUCGUCUCUUCAAAUACAACAAUUACAGUGGCACUCUAGAGCAAUUCGUUGAUUACUUUAUUGAUGGCGACGUGGUUCAAGGACCGUACUGGCUACACGUGAAGGAAGCCUGGGAGAAGCGCAACCACCCCAAUUUACAUUUUCUUUUCUAUGAAGAUUUAAGGUCUGACGUUAUGAAAGAACUCCGGAGACUGAAUGAAUUCCUGGGUACCAACCUUACUUCGGAACAACUAGCCAAUGUUGAGCGUUAUACCAGUUUUGGAGAGAUGCAGUCAAGAAACAACUUCACCAAUACCAAAAGGCCAGAUAACCCUGGGGUCAAGAAGGAGGUCGAGAACAGGGAAGGUGGUUUCUUCAGGAAAGGAGUCACCGGCAGCUGGUCCAGUACUCUAACACCAGACAUGGUGGAAAAGAUUGACAAGUGGACAAAGAAGCACUUGAGUGAGAUCCCAUUUAGGUAUAACUAAACGCCUUUUCUACAAGGUGUUCUAGGUUUCAAGUGUGCAUCAUCCAACGACUGUCGCAAUAGCGGCUGACCAUAUAUGUGAUUUACAUAUGUUUGAUUGAUAAUCACAUCUGAAUAAACAUCUCUGUCGCAA